CUUUCCUGUUCCGGAAUGAAUGAGCCGCCAGUUGUUGUCAAGCUUUCGAACCGUUUGCACCUCUCCUGCAGUUGUGUCUUCAUCGCCUCUUUUCUUUUCUUUGAAAAAAAACAAACAAACAAAAAGUUAAAAUUCACAUUUGAAUUGCCGUGAUGGAAAUCCAUGUCAGCCCCGGAUCAUUUUGACUGGAGAAAUAAAACAAAAAAAACUAGUCAAAAACAACAAGAUUUUUGGAAGGCUUGAAGAAAGCAAGAAAAUACUCGAAAGAAAUUGAAUUGAGAAUGUCGGGCAAGUUGAACUCGUCGUUGACAACUGCCGAGUGGGUGGACGGUCGACGAUCAUCUUGCGAGUCGAGCUCAGCCACUCCGCCGCGGCUGGAUCGUGGCAGCAGCGCGGGCCGUCCAUCAGCCGGCACGGCCGUGCGCAGUGAUUCGAGCCAAUUGUUCACCAAAUGGCUGAUGAAGAAGCAGCAAGCCAAUAGCGUUUUGGAGAACGAUUCCGGCGGCGCACAACAGUCAAAGCAGAAGCAACAAAUGGCCGGCUCUAUCGGUCCAGGUGGCGUCGUCAUUGGCGUCGGUCGGGGUCAACUCUUUCCCGCCCGGCUGGCCUUGGCACUCGGCAUGGCCAAAACCCUCCUAGGCGUCUUGUUGGUUGCUUUCGGUGCCCUGGCGCUGUGGGAACAAGCGUCCAUGUCCUAUCUCGGUUCGGGUUUAUGGACGGGCGCUGUGGUGGUACUGAGCGGUCUUAUGGGCAUAAUGGCUGGCCAGAAACGUACCAAUUUAAUCUACAUCGUAGCUUACCUGUUGAUGAGCGUGCUGGCCCUUGCCGCCAUCGGACUGUUGCUCAUCUUCGCAGCGACGGGACUAGCCCGCGACACUGACGCCCCUCACGGAUACUUUGUCGACCAAGAGGAAGGGAGCCGCGUUGAAUUCCUUGGCACGGUACCGUUAAAACAGCGCGCCAUCAUCAUCAACGCCGUCCUGGUGGCGCUGGGCACGCUGUCCACCUUCCUGUCGUUGGCCGCCGUGGUGAUUUGCCUGCGCGAAGCGUGUCUCUGUUACGGUGCCCAAGCGACGACAGCCGGCCAACACCGUCGACUGGUCAACAGUAACAGCAGCUGCACCAGUAGCCAUCAUCACAAGAUAGGCGCUAAUCGCAUCGGUUCCGUUCCCAAUAUGAAUUUGCUGACGGCCGAUCAGAGUCCGGAGGGUCAGGCGCGAGCCUACCGGCUGUUGCGCUGGUUGAGACAGUCGCACCAACACCAACAGCAGCAACAGCAACAACAGCAGCAGCAGAGACGUCCGCCACCUUUGCUUCGGCGCCUCUAUAAUCCACAGGUUCCGAUGGUGGCACAUCCGAUUCCAGUUGCAAUCUCAACAACGCCAGCGGCUAGUGGCCAUCCGCCUGUCGGUUUCCCGUCGUUCGUUACCGGAGCUCCGACGGCUUACGUCAUCCCAGCCGGAGCUAUGCCUGUACUUCAGCCUAUGAUUUCCGGGCCGGCAUUUUAUUCUCUCACCAGUCUUUCUUCUCUUCAUCACCAUCACCACGCCCCUGGCAUGCCACCACCACCAACGCAUAUGCAUCACCCCGCUAAUUAUGUACACCGAGAAAUGGUCAGUUUGCCCGUCGCCACGGCCGGCGCGACUCCGAGUGAACGUAAUCACAAAAAGGAGAAGAAGAGGGACAAGAGCGCGGCGGAUGAGAAACGAUGCCGUAGGUCUCGCAGCACGGUGCAAGCCAAUGACCAGCCGGAAAUGAAAGAGCAAAACAAACGCGAUCGUUCACAGCAGCGGCAGCAUUUCUUCGGUAUGCUUCCAUCAAGCAGCACGAUGGCGAAACAGCCGCAACAGCUGACACAACAGCCGCUGCAAUCAGACGUGGAGAGCAUGGUCAGCGGUUACGUUUACACGGGCAUGGACCGCGACAUUGCCGAAGAAUUCAUUCUACAUUCGAUGACCAUACCGACGCCAGCGACGCAGGCGAGCAGCGUCAAAAGUGGUUUCAGCACCAAUCAACGCGAGGUUUUUUGAAAUCCUCCAACUUCCCUACGUUUUUUUUUUUUUGUACAAUGAACAUCGCGUCUUUUCAAUCGAUUUGUUGACUUGUUGAUUUGAAAUUCUUUUAAAUAUCCGUCCGCUCAGAAAGAAAAAGAAAUCUUUAGAGAUUGUUGAA